UUGGCCGCCGUAGGGCCAAGCUAAGCAACGGACACGUCGCGGCCGGGCUCUCCCCGCAGGGGGGGAUAACAAUGGGGGAGGCGAGGCAGGCGCUGGCUCCGCCCUGUGGCUCGUGCUCUGUGCCCAUUGGUUCUCCCUCCGCCGGCUCCAGCUAUGCCCGGGCGGGGGGGGGGGACUGUCACGUGAUACAGCGGCGGUGGGGGUGACCCGUGCGGCUCCCGGGGAUGGGGCGGCUGCUGUGGCUGCUCUGCGUGGCCGUGGGCAGCAGCCGCUGGUGGCUGCGGGGCGCCCAGGGGAAGACGCUGCGGGGCCGCUUCUCUAGCGCGGGGGGCGGGGCGCAGCCGGCGGCGCGGUUCCAGUUCCACGGUGACCAAGCUGUUCUGUAUAUCAGAAUCAACAAUGUAGCAGCAGCUGUUGGAAAAGAGGCCAGACUUCACCUUUUUCAAGCACAGGAAUGGCUAAAGCUUCAGGACAGCACCCAGGAUCGUAGCUGUGGAGAGAAACUGUCCAAAGCUCAGCUGACAAUGCCUAUGAACCACACAGAGCAAAAUCUGACAGUGACCCAGAUUCCAUAUCCAGAAACGUGGUAUGUGUUUUAUGUAGACAAGUUUACCUGCGAGGAGAAUUAUGAAAAUUCUGAAUCCGAGGAUAUUCAAUUUGAAAUGGUGUUACUAAACCCAGAUGCAGAAGGGAAUCCAUUAGAUCACUUUAGCGCAGGGGAAUCGGGAUUACAUGAAUUCUUUUUCCUACUUGUCCUAGCAUACUUUGUAGCUGCUUGCAUAUAUGCUCAAUCACUAUGGCAAACUCUGAAGAAAGGUGGACCUAUGCAUACUGUCUUAAAGGUUCUGUCAACAGUAUUAUUGUUUCAGGCUGGCUCAGCAUUUGCCAACUACCUGCAUUUCUCAAGUUAUGCUAAAGAUGGAAUAGGGGCACCUUUUAUGGGAAGUCUGGCAGAAUUGUGUGAUAUAGUCUGUCAGAUACAAAUGCUGUACCUGUUGCUGAGUUUGUGUAUGGGUUGGAUGAUAGGCAGAAUGAAGAAAUCUCAAAGCAGACCCCUUCAGUGGGAUUCCACUCCAGCGUCCACUGGCAUUGCUGUAGUAGUUGUUGUAACCCAGAGUAUUUUACUAAUUUGGGAGCAGUUUGAAGAUACUAAUCAUUACAGUUACCAUUCACACCACAGUUUAGCAAGUGGACUUCUUAUUGGUCUAAGAGUUUGUCUAUCUCUGUCAUUGGCCUGUGGACUCUACCAGAUCAUCAGAGUGGAGAGAAGUACACUCAAAAGGGAGUUCUAUAUCACCUUUUCCAAAGGCUGCAUUUUGUGGUUUUUGUGCCACCCGGGUCUUGCAACCAUUUCUGUGCUAUUUAGAGACUAUCAAAGAGAGAAGGUUAUUAUCAUAGGUGUUAUCCUCUGCCAGUCCAUCUGCAUGUUUAUCCUCUACAGACUUUUUCUAUCUCAUAGUCUAUAUUGGGAAGUGUCUUCUCUGUCAUCAGUGACAUUGCCACUGACUGUGGCAUCUGGACAUAAAAGUCGACAUUACUUCUGAGAUACAUUUUAGGAAAGAAUACAGUGCAAUAAUGACCCAAAUACAGCUAUUUUCAUCAGGUCAGUGUGCUACAUCAGUGUCCCUGGAAAAACUGAAUCAUAAAAUCAGAGCACAUCACUGAUCCUGGAUCUGAACAAGUCCCCAAAUUAGGUACAUUGAUUGAUUUUUUUUUUUUUUUUUUUUAAAAACUGGUGGCAUGAAAAUAUAUUUUAAAAUCUGAAUGUUUGAAUAGAGAUUUGUUUUUGUGGCACAUGCGGUGCUGUGUUGUAUGACAACAAAGGAGGACAAACCUAACCUUUCCACAGUGUUUUCACCCUAAUAACUCCAUGACUUUGUAUCAAUGUUAAGUUUGAAGGCCUAGAAGAAUCCAGUCCUUUAAAUGGCUCUGAGUUCAAACAAGUGUGAAAUAAGCCAGUUAUGAAAUCGGUGUAAUACACUGAAUAAAAGUUUGUUUUUUCUUUUUAUUCUGUAAAAAAAAAAUGCAUUUUGUGCUUUAAAUGUAAAGGACUUGAAAAACAAAAUUGCUCCAGAAACCAAUGUAAAAUGUUUACAACUAACUGUGCAGUAAGCUUUCUUUCAUUAUUUGUGCAAAAGGAAAGGCACUUUUUUUCCCCACCAGUGUUGGUGUUAGUUCAGAUUUUAAUUUGAGCAGCAAUGGGGUUUUAUCCAUAACACUUUUGAGAGAAAUGUUACUAAAAACAUAACAUAGGUGUGAUGGGCAAAAUGCUAUUUGAGGCUUUAAAGAUGUGGCAGCACUCGUAAUAAAAACAGCAGGAUUGCUUUUUUUAGGAAAGAAUGUGUAAUGUGGUACUAGAAUUUUAAUCCUGAUAUAAUUCAUUUCUCUUACAUUGAGGAUUCAAUCAUAAUUAAGCCAUAUACACAGAUUAAAUUAACAGAAGCAUUUCAAAUAAAUGGUGGUUUCAGUCAUCAACUACUCAUGUAUUCCUGCCCAAGGAUACUUAAUCAGGAUUAAAUUUUCUAUGAAUAAUUGAAAAACAAAAUACUCACUGGAUUUGUUAUAAUCCAUGUUGGCACUGGGUUCUAAGUAGUUGCCAUCUUCCAUCCAUUGUAAUAAAGCCAUACAUCUUUGUGAUGCCCUAGCAUUCAGAAUGCCAGUGUAAAUAUGUACUUUAUUGAAGUGCCUAUUUAUUGAGUGUGAUUUAAAUCAUUUUGACAAUUUUUUUCCUGUAUCAUGUGGACAUUCCUAUUAAGUCAUUGUUUGAAAUCUUCUUGUUUGUACUUAAUUUGGUAUUUGUCAAAUUGUCUAGACCUAUUAUUGUCACAUUUUGGUUCUUCACGGCAUUUAUUUUAUUUACUAGUAAGUGUAUUUAAUUUUUUAAAAAGAAAAUUCAUAUUUGUAAUAGAUUAUUGUUUAAAUAUAUAGAUUUUGUUUGUUUGCUUCAGUUGUACACUUGUUUGAAACUAACAGUGUUUCCCUUUUAGUUUAAAGAUAGAUGAAAUAUUUGCCUUUGACUAAGGCAAAAUGGCAACAUGACAAAUUCGCUUAUUUAAAUCAUCUUCUUGCUAGUUCUUCUCUGUAAUUCAGGUCAAGAAUGGCAGGUUGAGGCUGGAAAGGGUGAGUUGUUAUAAUUUCACAUGAUCUGCAAAAUUACAAGAUUAAUUAUCACAUUCAUCUGAUAAUCACAUCAAAAUGGUGUUGGUUAUGUCUGUUUUCCACUUCCAAAGGAGAAAGCAUUCUGUUUUGGUGUAAGUCUCAAAUAAUGGAGUAGGAAUAAUUCUGGGUCUCCUCAUGUGCAAGACAAAUGUGUAUUUCACACAUUCAAAAUAUAUACUGAUUUUGGAAUAGAGACAGGAGUUAUUAUAUAUUGUGAUCUGACAUGAUAAAGGUUUUAAUUUAUGCAGAAAAGUUAUAACUUUCUUGAGGAACACUCUGUUUUCUUUACCCAGUUCACUCUCUUUUGUUAUAUAAUAUAAAUCAAUCUGUGGCACUUGCCUGUUAAUGAAAAGGUAAACAAUUCCCUGGCAUCACAUUAUAAACACAUUAUAAACACAGUGAAUACAAAAUCCUAAUUCAGAAUUCAUAGUUCAUCUGAAAAUAAAUAUGUAGUAUGAC